ACCAGGGAGCGCAGUGCUCGCGCCACACCGUGGCACGUGUUCCGGUGGUUCUGCAGGUGCGCGCAGAUAUGGCGAGCGGGCUCGAGAGGCAGCGGCACCAAAGCGCCGAGCUGCUGCUGCUCACCGUGACUCUGAGCGCGAGCGUGCUCACGGCGCGGCUCGUGCGGGCGGCGCGCGCCAAGCGCGAGUCGGGGCUGAGGCGGUGGCUGCCGCUGCUGCACGAGAGCGGCGCGGCGCUGCUCUACGGGUCGGUUUUGGGUCUGGUUUUGAAGUGUGCCGCCUCUCCGUGGACAAGCGGCACCAGGAAUGUGCAUAACUGCGCGAGUCUGAAUGCAACGCCCCUCUCCGUGCUGCUCAACAUCACCGGCCAUGUUCACCAGUACCAGCACCUGAGAGAAGUCAGAGGUCCAAAUGACCGAACUGAACCCUUGAACUCAGUUCUUCAUAAGCUGAGUUUUAACCCAGAAAUCUUCUUCAAUCUGUUUCUGCCCCCUAUCAUAUUCCAUGGAGCGUACAGUUUAAAUCAGAGGCUGUUCUUCAACAAAAUUGGCUCUGUUUUGACAUUUGCAUUCCUGGGGACACUUAUUUCCUGUGGGAUUAUAGGGGCAUGUAUGUAUGGCUUUGUGAAGCUGAUGGUGCAGCUGGGUCAUGCCGCUGCUGGGGACUUCCAUCUGACGGACUGCCUCUUCUUCGGCUCGCUGAUGUCAGCCACGGAUCCAGUGUCGGUGCUGGCUAUCUUCGCCGAGCUGCAGGUGGACUCGGACCUCUACAUCCUGCUGUUCGGAGAGAGCAUUCUGAAUGAUGCCGUGGCCAUUGUACUGACGUAUGCUAUAUCCACCUACAGUACAUCCACCUUUGAAGCGAGCUCUUUCUUCCUCUCCAUCGGGCACUUUAUUGCGGUGUUCGCAGGAUCCUUUGGCAUUGGACUCGCGUACACCAUCGUUACUGCGCUGCUGACCAAGUUCAUGCAGCUGAACAGUCACCCUCUCCUGGAGACUGGGCUCUUCUUCCUGCUCUCCUGGAGCACCUUCCUGUCAGCAGAGGCCUGCAGUCUGAGCGGUAUCGUGGCAGUGAUGUUCUGCGGAAUCAUGCAGGCUCACUACACCUUUCACAACUUAUCUGCUGAAGCCAAAGUUAGAACCAAACAGCUAUUUGAGUGUCUGAAUUUCCUGGCAGAGAACUUUAUCUUCUGUUACAUUGGACUGGCCCUCUUCACAUUUCAGAAGCACAUCUUUCAAGUCGUCUUCAUAUGCGGCGCCUUUAUCUCCAUCUUGGUGGCAAGGGUGUGUAAUGUAUACCCUCUAUCUUUCCUGCUCAAUCUUGGUCAAAGAAACAAAAUUCCCUUCAGCAUUCAGCACAUGAUGAUGUUCUCAGGUCUACGCGGAGCUGUGGCAUUCGCCCUGGCAGCCCAGGACACCACCACAGAGGCCCGUCGAGUCAUAUUCAGCACCACACUGCUGGUGGUCCUCCUCACUGUCUGGGUACUGGGUAGCACCACCAUCCCGAUGCUGACAUGCCUGGAUAUCCGAAUUGGAGUAAAUCCUGAUGAAAGCCCCAGGGCAGAGCACUGUGACCAGGACCAGGUAACAGUGGCAGAUAGCCAUACACCACUGGAAGACCCCCAGACUCGAGUGUCCUGGUUCCGGCGGUUGUGCCAUAUCCUGGACAGCAAAUACCUCAGACCAGCGCUGACUCAUAGUGGGCCCCCACUGACGUCCACACUGCCGCUGUGGUGCACACCUGUGGCCAAACUGCUGACGAGUCCGCACGCGUACGAGAAUCAGGAACAGCUGAAGGACACGGAAGACAACUGCAGCUCAUUGAAGACGGACGUGACGGAGGAUAAACAGGGGUCUACAGGAGACAAAGCUGAGGUGGCCACACAGCAGCAGGACGAUCUUCUGGAAGGAGACCUGGGUCUUGGACAGUGUGCACCUCCUGCCUGGACAGAGUGACCACUUUGUCCACGUGAGAAGUUUCCAGAAUCUUUUUCACGAGAAGCCUGCUGCUGAGCACAGUGUCACAAAGUGCUGUAUUUUUUUGUUUUAAAAUGUCAGAUACUGUACACUGAAUAUUUUUUACUGAGAAAGAGUUUUAUUCUACUUGUGUUGCCCUUUCUUCCAAUUUAACUCCAUUUUAAAAUGAAUUUACUUAUAUUCUUUCAUUAAGUACAAAUAAACAACUCAGGUCUUUUACUAUGAAGGUUCUCAGUGAAAAGCAGAUUUCUUAACACACUACUGAUGGGUCUUAAUCGUUGCAGUACACCCCACCAGACACCAGGUACAGUUACGAUACAUAUACAGUACAUGUGUAUAUAAAAUACAUAACUGGUCACGCCAGACAAGAACAAAACUGUACUUGUCAUUCACAAUUCUGAAGAAGCAGCAGGUGGCCUGGUGAUUAAGAACUGCUGCCUUGCACUUGAAGGACCCAGGUUUGAAUCACACCUAAUUACUUCCUAAAGCACUUUGACCAGCUGUAGACAGCUUCUCCACUGGCAAGUCACUGGACUUCCCGCUCUGUGCAAACUCUCUUAUAUAUUUGUUAAAAUAACUUUAUUUUUCCAUUCCCUGCCUGUUGGCAUAAGCAACACAGUGUACAGUUUUCUCAUACAGUGUAUCUUGCACUACUAAAUGGGAACACCAGACAUUUUAAGCUAAGUUGGUAAUUGAAGCAUAACAAUAAACUGCCUCUAUGCAAAUAUAUAAUUUGCUGUAUCAGCAAAGUACAUUUUCAGUUCACAGCUUUCUGGAUAUUGCAAGGCCAAAAAAUACUUGACUUCAUGAAUAUCGUAGUUAUACUUCCCUUUUCUAUGCUGGUACACAUUUCCAUUGAUUUAUUUAUAGAACAUUUUAAAUUCUG